CGAGGCGCUUCGCCGAUCACGUGACGCGAGGGCAACGUUUACAAGGGUUACCGGCGCGCUGCGUCAUUUGACUACCUCUCCUCGUCCUCUCGAACACCUUCCGCGAGACUCGUCGUCACCCGCUCGUCGAGUCUGUCUCCAGUCGAGGAGACACCUGAGGAGGCCUGAGCGCGAGAGGGACACCAGUGGCAUCGUCCACUUGAUCGCGAACAAUCGGGAGGACCAGCCGCGACAACAUGGAUCGAUCGUCGAAAUUGCUACUGCGAAAGGUCAUCGUGGACUUCCUUUGCAUAGCGGUCGUGGGACUCACGGUGCUGAUGUUCUUCCUGUUCGGCAAACCGUACAAACGUGGCUUUUUCUGCAACGAUGAGUCACUGUAUCACCCGUAUCACGGCUCCACGGUUACCAGUCUGAUGCUGUACGUCGUCGGCAUUUGCCUUCCAGUAUUUACGAUUAUCACAGGAGAAUACUUGCACGCCAGGCACUGCACCGAACAAACGGGGAAGGUGCUGUUCGGCUAUUCCAUACCGCUGUGGAUAUACAACGCUUACGAGAAGGUCGGCGUGUUCCUUUUCGGCACGGCGUGCACCGUUUUAAUCACGGACAUCGCGAAGUACAGCAUAGGCCGGCUACGGCCGCACUUCAUGACGCUGUGCGUGCCGAACGUGAACUGUACCUUGGCUAAGAAUCAGCACUGGUACAUCCAGGACUUCGUCUGCACCGCAUCGGGCAUUACGGCGAAGCAGCUCAAGGAAAUGAGAUUAUCGUUCCCCUCCGGUCACUCGUCCUUCUCGGCCUACACCAUGGUCUACCUGGCGAUAUACCUUCAACUGCGGAUGAGAUGGAAAGGCAGCAGACUGCUCAAACACUUCCUCCAGCUGAUAUGUCUGCUCACAGCUUGGUUCACCGCGAUGUCCCGCAUUUCCGAUUACAAGCACCACUGGAGCGACGUGCUCGCGGGAUCCACCCUCGGCGUCAUCAGCGCUCUGGUGGUGACAUUCUUCGUAGCAAAUCUCUUCGGCGAGGAGAAGAAACACUCCGAGAAACACACCGCGGAGAAGCAUCAAUCGAACGAUUACGAGACGGAGAUGGGUAUACAGCUGUCUGUGGGGAGCUAAGGUCCGGCCGGUCGUCGGUCGACGGACAUGAGAUCUCGGGUCGGGAUGUCGACGCGGCGUAGCUCCCAGCCCCGGAUCCUUAGUGACGAGAAAUCUUAGACCUGCGGGAAUUCCUUCUAUACCAUGAGACAGUACACUGCCUUACUACCGUUCUUUCCGGACCGCUCAUAACAAAGUAGAGAAGCAGUUUGGCCGAAUUUUCUGUCGGGCGAGCGCCGCGUCCCAGCCGUAUCGUGUGUGUAUCCUUUGUAACGUUGUAAUGUGUAACAAGGGCCGAGGUAGUCUCUCCCUCUUUCUUUUUCUGUCUGGCAGUAUUUAGAAGCCCGUUGACGCCUUGUAGAUCUCGCGCAGGAAGCGAGAAAUAGGAGAAGCUAGAAAGUGAGGAGAGGAGAGGAAAGAGACGCGAUUUUUCUAAACGCGCGGCUGAUAUCGUCGGCAGAUUGCAUGCACCUUGCCGUCUUUUAUCGUCGGGUUUCGGUCGAGCGACGUGUCCGGUUCGGGGAGCGGUGUCUGUUCUGCAGCGAGGAGCGACAGCUUUUCCUUUUUAUAUUUUAUUAUUCUGUUUUACGUUUCUCUAGCUUUGAAUAUUGCUCGAUGGAUAGAGAUAUGCGCUUUAGAAGCUUACGUUCUGUCUCGCUGUGUCGCGUCGUGUAAGCGCGAUCGAUACGAUAAAGAGGACGAAUGAUCUUCGGACGCGCCACCUUGUAGAGUAUUGUCGAUGGGAGAAAAUAUUUAUUUCUUGACCGCGACAUAUUUAUUUCUUACGUCCGACGGGUGCUUCGAUCCCUUUCCGCGUGAAUGAGAGCGAUAUGCCCCCCCCCCCCGUUUUUUUCUUUUUCUUACUAUAUUAAUUAAUGACAGUUUUAAGUUAUAGCUUUGCGCUGUAUUUACUCGAACGGCUUACUCUGUGCCGCAAUCGAAGUCUGUGCGCGUCACAAUCUGUCGUAGCGAGCGUCGUUUGCGCAUCCGAAAUGUACUUCACGCCACACUCGGCGGCAAUGGAGACUGGACGUGGUUCACAAGUGCGAAUGCGUGAUAGUAUUUAGGGUGUUAGGUAUCUUAUAGUCCUUCCUUUAAUGUUUUUUUAUAAUAGUAUUAUUUCGGUUUCGUGUGUGCAAACGGCGUUCCUCUUGUAACUGCGCAUCCGAGCAAGUCUCAAUGUGUACUCGUGUAGGGAAUAUUUAUAUUUUUCGAAUAGCUGAGUUUUUCCGUCAUAUUUUACGCAUGUUGGCCUAUUCUGUGAGAGUACGGGUGUAGUUCGUAGAAUCACAGCCGUUAAAUAGUGAAUGUAAAAGAGAUAACUCUCGGAAACAGGUGGGAGAGAUGGCGCAUAAGAUAUAAAGCAAUUUCGAAUUCAUCCGUGUGAGUAAACAUAUAUGACUUAAUGCCGUAGUGAUUAGCAAUUGCGAAAACGUUAUAAACGCGAUUACUAAACGUUAUAAUGACUUUACUAUAACGUGACGACGAGCUGCCAUCAGUAAGAACCGCGAUGAUUCUUAUCCGUGAUUUAUGACGCUGAGAUUAUACGAUAUAUUCUAACGAAGACUUAAUCAUCUCUGUGAAAGUAAAUUCUCGAUUUUGAAAUUAGAAAUUUACUUCAUAAUAUUUACUUUCCAUUCCAUCUUUUAUUACCGGGGAUGUAUUUACCUUCUUGUUCAGAUGUAGAAAACUGAGAUUUCUUCUUUUUUUUUUUAAUUUAAUAAUUUCGGUUAAUCUAUCGCCAUAAAUAGUUAUUUUUAAAUAAAAUAUAUAUAAAUAUAUUGAGAGAAUCUUAUAUGUAGUAAAAUCAGGCCCUUACGAUUGGUUACUCGUUGUUGAUGAUUGAUUGAUAUUUUCUACACUUCUUACGCACUCGAUGGAUAUCGAGAACAUAUACGUGUGAUUAAUCCUACACAUAUUUAAUUAAUGUAGACGAUAUAUGGUGCUCUAGAAAUCGUCAAGUGUGCGUCGGCGGUCCGUUCAAUUAAAAGUAUUUGAACCUCCAUAAGUGGAAAGCCGCGUACACUUGCAUAUUGAUAUAUAUAUAUAUAUGAAAAUCUUUAUUUAUUUUAUAACAAGCCAU